UGGAUGUAUGAUGGAACUUUCUCCUUACCUUCAGGGGCGGUUGUUGACUCCUCCUUGAAUGCUUUAAUCAUUUUCUCUGCUAACAUAUCUCAUUCUGGUACCUACACUUGCGAUGUGACUGACGCAUUCAGCUCAAUUCAAACUAGUGUCAUCGUUUAUGUCAAAUACCCUGAAACCUGCACAAAAGUGAAGGCAAACAUCAGCGACGUCAGUGGUGAUUACCUCAUCGAUCUUGACGGUGUUCUUGGCGAGGAUCCAUUCCCUGUUUACUGUAACAUGACUGACAAAGGAGGCGUUGGAGUGACAGUCGUCGGUCACGACAUGGAAAACAGAACGCAGGUGAAAGGAUACGAAAAGCGCGGUGAAUAUUCCGUUGAUGUUCAUUACAGAUCUGCCAGCAUAUCUCAGUUAAAAGCUCUGACGGAAGCCUCUGAUAACUGUCAACAGUUCAUCAAAUACGAAUGUUUCCACGCCACAUUAAUUAAAUAUGGAUAUUCAUGGUGGGUUUCACGUGACGGCCAGAACAUGAUGUACUGGGGGGGAGCAAACCUAACAACUGGUGGCUGUGCAUGUGGUGUAACUAGAUCGUGCGCCGAUGACCAAUCACUGAAGUGUAAUUGUGAUAAAAAUGAUAAGAAUUGGCGGGAAGACAGCGGUUUUCUUACCAAUAAGUCCCACCUUCCCGUCAAACAGCUAAGAUUUGGUGACACGGGACAGGCACAACUUCAUGACGAAGGAUACCACACCUUGGGAAAACUAGAGUGUUAUGGCAUGACCUAGAGGCAUACAAAAUUGAAAACAUGAAAACUUGGA